AGCUCAAAACAUCGUUCCUGUAUUGCUCUUUGGUGCCCCUAAAGAGCCGACUGAAGUACACACACUGCAGUCGAGCUUAGCCAUGCCGGCCACGAGGAUUCUGACUGGGUUCCUCUGUUGGAAGUCAUUGCGGAAUGAACGUGUCUAAGAAAUCGUGUUUCGUAGACGAAAUCUAGCCUAAAGAAGCGUGUGUAUUUCAAGGAGAGGGAGUCAAAUAUCACGUACCAUUCUCAUUUUGAUGAACAGUAACAUGUGGACAUGAGGGUGUCAUCUUUAUUCAAGUUGACAUGCUGGUAUGGCCAAGCAUUCAGGAGAGCUUGGAGCCUGUACGGGUCCAGAUGCAAGUUUGAAUACCUCCAACUCUCCCGCUAUUCCUCGUCAGCCUCAUCUGGGAUUGGUCACAGCUCUAAAACGGGCUCCCAUCUUCACACAGCUCCGUUCAAGCAGCCAGGCCCUGUGGCAGAUUUCAUCACCACACAUGGGUUACAGGUCACUGGCAAGACAGUUGCCAAAAUUCGAGAAUUUGAAAACGAGUACUAUCAUCUUUACUUGGAACAGUCUGAGUUCUGGGAUUAUUUUCUGUCUGGUUGUCCAAAGGAUUCUCGACAGCAUCCAGAUGCAAUUUUGCAUUCCAAGGGUUUGGCAAAUGAACAUUGCGAAAAUACAAACAGUGCUAGUCAAGUAAUAUCUGAGCAUGUGAGACAUUUGUUAGAAGUGACAAGAAAUCAAGACAUGGAUUCUAUGAUAAAGUCAAUGCGUGAACUGUCGAAAUACUUAACAAGAGAAUUACCUGUCAUGAAUGAAAGUACAUUGUUACAAUGUAUGAGAAACAUCAUAAAAUAUCCAUUUCGAGACUGCAUCACUGGAGAGCCACGAGUCCUUCGCCUAGAGAUUGCAAGCAUAUUUCAGAAGGAAUUCCAGAAAAGGCAUUCAGAAUGGGAUUUAAAGAAAUAUUUCUUAGCUGCAGACUUUCACUACCAUUUUCGACUAAGUUACAGUGUAAGCCAAUUCAUGAAGUCAUUUUUCAACCACAUGCAGAUAAAUAUUCACGAACUGUCUCACGGAGACCUUGUUGUUCUCAUGUACCACGUGUCCCUCUACCGAAAAAUGUCCAGAUACACGUUGUUGUUACUUGUUGAAAUAAUUUCGGCAAGGCUGUCUGAGUUUAAUGCCCAAACUAUUGGCAUCAUUUGUUUAGGCCUUUUCAAAUCAGAGUGGUAUUGUCCGAAUAAACAGCUUUUAAACAAGAUCAUUGAUUUAUCAGGGGGAAUUGUGAAUGAACUUGAUGAUGUUUCCCUAACAGCUCUUCUCAAGUAUCUUCGGAGGUACACUCACAGAAGAAUGAUAUUUGCUGUACCCGAUAGAUACCAGACAUUAAUAGAUCUCCAGCCUGUGCUUCAAGCCCGUAUGCAAAACACCCACCACAGCACUCUGAUAAACAUUGUUCAUCUUUACGAACAUCUUAAUGAUAUAUCUGCAGAUAUGAUUCAGGAAUUGUGUACAAUUCUGUUAAAAGAAGAUCUAGGAAGUUGGCGCCUAAAGGAUCUGGCCAAGUUUUGCUCGAUGGUAGGCAGGUUAUCGUUCCCAGUUCAAGAAAGAAGAGAAGCCUUUGAGAAAAUAGUAUCUGAGUUGUCUUCCACAAGGCGUGCCAUUGAGAUAAGAACCUUUAUGCCAUCAUUUGUAGCUUGUCUACGUGGAAUGUCUUUAGAUGGAUUCUACCCCCUGGGGUUGAUUGGUCAACUUUUCAGCAGUACAGAAGGAUGCCAGUAUCAGAUUCACAUUGGGCAGAACCUGUACCACGUGUCCGAGAGCGUGAAGAUCGAAGUUCCCCACUAUACUGGACCGUUCCUAGAUGACCCUGGACAGAUUGCUCUUGGCAGGUGCAGGAAGUAUGAGUCUGUUCAACAAAAGCAAACCCAGAAGAAAGCAGAAAGAGAAGACAUAACAAAUGAACUGAUGUGCUUGUAUUCUGAUAUUCUUGGUGGGAGAGAGUAUGUGCAUCUUGGCACUCUCCUUUCACAUUACAAUACCCCUGAUAUUGAACUGCGACUUGAUUCUGAGGGGGGAACCCAAUACCUGUAGCUGAAUGGAUCACUCCGGCAGCCAACAAAAGUGGACAUGUGAAAGUGGCAGUGUUGCUGUACCCCUUCAACGCCAUCUACCUACUGAGGAGGCCUGAGGGAGACGUGGAGAUGCAUGUGUCUGGUUACUAUCUGUGUAAAGCAAGGCAGCUCAGAAAACUUGGAUAUCAAGUAGUGGAGAUUCCUCAUUAUGAGUUGAAAGAAGCACAAGAUAAGAGGUCGUACCUUAAACAGAAGUACUUGGAGCGAUCAUGACAGCAAAAUGAAUGCAUAGAAGGCGGCCAUCCAGCAACCAGACAUAGUUAAUUGAUUUUAGUCAAUGUUUCCAGUUCUCUGUACAGUGGAUGACAAGAUAUUGGAUAAUCGAGACAGUAUAAUAUCACAUCACAAACUUACUGUGGAAACUAUAUGCUGUGUAGAGUCAUUAUCACGGUAUGAAACUCCCAAAAAUUUCAGCCAGAACACAGGGCUGGUUAGAUGUAAGACUUGCCACCCCUGACCAAAACUUACCUGCUCACAAAAUAUAUUCAUAGUAUACAUGUCUAAAUUUUAACCCGACAGUCGGGCAGGUGAAUUUGAGAAUCUGUCAGUCCGUGUUGAAAAUAACCCAUCCUGGACGGUCGAGCAGGCAUUAAUUUCGAACAGCUGUCAUUAUGUCUUCCAAAACAUGUACGUCAACAAACAAAAGGACAUGUUUAGAUCUGUGUGAAACGAGUAUUUAUUGACAACAGCAUCCUUACAAUGCCAUAAAGGUAUUCUAUACAAUGUUAUGUACAUACUGUACACAUCAUGAGGAACAGCAAGAUGUAACGUGCUGUAACAUGAACAGGUGCUGGUCAUCAUUCAGACCAACUUCAGAUUGUGUUCCCAUCCUCAAGACUACUUACAAUAACAGAUUGUAAGGAUAGCUGUGGUCAACAUGUUUUCAAACUCAGCAGCACUUCAUUCCAGGAAAUGCUGAACUUAUUGAACUCAUCAAAGCAAAGCCAACAUGAACCAAAACAUUAACAUUUGGCAAAAUCUUGCCAACAAACACAAGAUCAACAAUUUCCAGUAGUCUAAAUGGAGGCAUCCAAGGAGGACCCCAAUGGUCCUUGACAGUUCCCAUUAUAUGUACUGUGUAAUGCUGAAAUACAAGUUGAAUACAAAGUGCUCUUUUUUGUCAACAUUGAGAAUUCAGAAUUUCUGACUUGAUCACGGUCUCAGUCAUCCUGCUCGCUGUCAUCCUCACUCUCCAGUCCUGACAGAAGUAUCAUCAGCUUCUGAAAUCUCGCUGCAACCUGCAACAAGUGAAUUUCUGCGAUUUAACAAAGUUGAACUGAUCUCUGAAUCAUUUUCACCUUAUUCUAUGACAAAAGUACAUAUAUACAUAUGUUGAGAUCCUUGAACCCAUGAAUGGGAUCUAUGAUUGCAUUCAAUUUGGUCAUAAUAUAUUCAGUGAUAGCCAGGUCAAAGGACAAAAAACAAACAACUUGAUUUCAUUUAUCUAUACUUUUCCAUCAACAAGAGGAAAGACUCAGUGAAUGUUUUGUUUUGUAUCCUGGUAAAAUGUAAUAAAUAAGUGACAUUUCAGCAA